AUGCACGGCCUGCAGGCCUCCGCGCUGGUGGCGUUGGUCGGAGCGGCUGCCGCUGUGUGGUUCAGGCGGUCCAAGCGGCAAGGCGGCACCAGCGGUGCCGCAGCGGCGGGCGGCGGCGGUUCAGCGCCGUCGGCGGGCCGCGCGCUCCCGCCGUCCCAGCACCCAGCAAAGGCGGCUGCCACCUCGCCGAAACCUGAUGGCGCUCAGCCACAAGCUGAAGUUGGUAGGCAGCAGCAGCAGCAGCAGCAGCAGGAGCGGGAGCUGGAGGCCCAGGCACGGCAGGCGGCGGCGGCGGCUCGAGCUGCUUCCCCCCUGUACCGUGCCACCGCCAACGAGGCCCUCGUCCACGGCUGGCUGCUGAGCGGGCAGGAGGGCGGCAUCCCCUCGCUGCCGCCCCUGGAGCCCGCAGGCGGCGCGCAGGCGCCGGCGCGCAUGGCGGCGGGCCACGCGCCCCCCGCUGGCCUGGCAGGCAGGCAGCCCCCGCCAGCCGCGGCCCCCUUUGCCGGCGACGAGGCGGAUGAGGGGCAGGAGGUGGAGGCUGAGGUGCAGCGGGCGGUGCGGGAGGUCGCGGAGCGCGCUUUCUUCGACGCCCUGGUGGAUGGGCUGCGCCGCGGGGACGCCGCGCGCCUGGCGGCGCUGCUGCUGGACGCUCGCGACCAGCUGGCGGCGCUGUGCGGCGGCGGCGGCAGCGGGGAGGGGCGGGGGCUGCUGGGGGAGCUACAGGAGAAGCUGGACACGGUGCGGAGUGUGCGGCAGCGGCUGCAGCGGUACGAUGCGGCGUACUGCGCGCAGGCCUUUGACCUGCUGUGCCACGCCAUAGGCCGCCUGCAGGCGCCCGCGCGGCGCCAGCACACGCGGCAGGCAUACGCCGAGGUGGCAAAGCUCUUUGCGGCGGCAGACGGCGGCGGCGGCGGCGCCUACCCUGGCAGCGCCCCGCCUGCCGCCGCUCCGCCGGGCGCGGGGGAAGCGGCGGAGCAGCGGGUGCAGCUGGUGCUGGCGAGCGGCGGCGGCGAGGGCGGCGUGUCGGUGGGGCUUCGGCUGGCGGCGGGCGCUGCGGAGGGUGCUGCGGGUGAGCGCCCAGAGGGGGCGGUGCAGUGGCAGCUCAGCCUGCGCCCUGAUGCCAGCGGCGACGGUGGUGUUGUCGCCAUGCUCAGCCCUGCGCUGCCGCCCAGCGUCGAGCGGGGCGCCGCAGCGCCAGCGGUGGCGGCGACGGCGGCAGCGGGAGCCGCGCCCGGCGGCCCCGCCGCCCCCGCCGCCCCUCCCGGCGCGGUGGUCGGCGAGGCCAGCGUGACGGCGGCGGUGGCGGCGGCGCGCUUCCUGCUGCACCAGCUGGAGGAGCUGCGCGGGGAUGUGGCCCGGGCGCGGCUGGCUAUGCUGAGAGAGGCGGUGCUGGGCGGCAGCGGCGGCGUGGAGUACGAGCGGGCGCGGUACGAGCGGGCGCUGGCGGCGGCCGCAGGCGGCGGCGCCAGCGGCAGCGGCGGCGGCGGCGGUGCCAGCCCCACCCCUCAGGCUGCGGCCCAGGCGUUCCCCGUCACACUCACCUGGCUGAAGCAGGUGCUUCAAGAGGCGCCGCCGCCGUCCAACCUGCGGGGCGACGCCUACUGCCGCGCCUGCGUGGGCGCGGGCCUGCUGCAGCUGGCGCAGCUGCCGCACGCCGUGCUGCUUCUGGACCUGCGCGGCAUAGUGGCCCUGCAGAACGAGCUGCAGCGCCUCUGCCUGCUGGCCGCCUCGCUGCUGAUCGUACAACAGGUCCUGGCCUCGCGGCAUGCGCUGCCCGCGGCGGGGUCCCCGCGCCACGCCGCGCUGUGCGAGCGCGUGGUGGGCCGCAUGGGCGCGCUGCUGUCUGGCGGGGCUGGCAUGGAGGGGCUGGUGCUGGAGCUGCACCGCCAGGUGGAGGAGGCGCUGGCGCAGCAGGCGCAGCAGGCGCCAGCUCAGCGGCCAGAGGGAGGCGAGCAGGCGCGGGGCAGCCCAGAGCAGCGGGGCGAGCAGCGGGGGCAGCAGGAGGAGCAGGGGCUGGGGCAGGGGCAGGGGCAGGGCCAGGGGCAGGCGGGCCUGGAUGUGGCUGUGGUGCGCCGCAUGGUGCGCCGCAUCUUCUCAACAGAGGAUGCCGUCUACCGGCGGGUGCAGGCGGGCGUGCUGGCCUCCGCCACCUCCCUGCUCAACAGCGCCGGCACCAGCAACGGCAGCAGCGGGGGGGGCAGCCCCGCGGCGCCCGCCUGGCGCCGCGUGCUGCGCGGCGUGGGGGCGGAGGCGGUGGCGGGGGACGUGUACCGCCUGGCCGCUCGGGUGUACCGCAUCGCCGCCGUCAGCACCGCGGUGGCCGAGCCGCUUGUGUACGCCCCGCUGCUGCAGCAGCUGCGCCAGCACCAGUGA